AAUGUUCAGAGAUCUGGCAUCAAGCAAUAUGAAUGGUGUUGUGUUGGUGUGUGCUUUGGCAGGAUUGCUAGCCGUGACACAUGCGGCAGACACCCUGAGGUUUGCUGCUAUGGGUGACUGGGGAACUGGAGGAAGUACCCAGAAGAAGGUGGCUAAAUCAAUGGGAGACUGGAUGGCAAAGUACAAAGGAGAAUUUAUAGUUACCCUUGGAGAUAACUUCUACAAUGAUGGUGCUAAUAGUGUCAAAGAUCCUCAGUUUGAUAAGAAGUGGAAGGAUGUCUACACAGCCAGGUCCCUCCAGAAAACCUGGUAUAUCACCCUAGGCAACCAUGACCAUCACCGUGACAAUGCCAAGAAUGAAGUUGCCUAUAGCAAGGUGAACUCUAGAUGGUAUCUUCCAACAAAUUAUUACUCAAUUACUAAGAAAGUAGGCAGAAAGUCUGUGUUGUUCAUUAUGAUGGACACCACUCCUUUAUCUAGACGUAGGGACCGCAGGCAGCUCGAUUGGAUUAAAAGCCAACUACAAAACUCCAAGGCUGAUUGGAUUAUAAUGGCAGGACAUCAUCCCGUAUUCAGUACAGGAUCACAUGGAUCAUCAUCCACAAUGUACAGGGAUGUCCUCCCUCUGAUGGAGAAAUAUAAAGUUGCUUUGUAUCUAGCUGGACAUGACCACAAUUAUGAACAUCUCAGAGUAUCAAGAACAUUAUCUGGCAAAAGCCCAAUCACGGAUCUGGUCGUCCAAGGAGGUGGAGGUAAAUCUCGAAGAACUACAAGGGGCACACGUGGCAAAGAACAGAUGACUAAACAUGGGGUGAAAUCAUACAAGUUUGAUGCUGCAUAUGGUUUCUGUGGAGUGGAGUUGACUGAGACAAGAUUGUAUGUGAAGUUUAUUGAUGAAAAGGGACGAACAGCUUACAGCUUUAAGAAAUCAAACCCAAGAAAAUAGGCUAGAUUUCUAAGCUUUGCUUAUUAUGUCAGUAUUAUCAAAUAAUAAA